UUUUUUGAGCGGGUUUAUUGCAACAACAAAAAAAUAAGGUUACCAGUUAGUUGUGGUCAACAAAGCACUUUCGAGCAUCCGCGUGGGCGCCGACGUGCCUUCAAACAGCUUUAAAAAGCAGUCACAUGACAACUUUGGUCAGCUUUCAAAGCCCUCUUGCUUCGUCUGCGGCCACUGCGCAUGCGCCGUCCCCAACUCUUUAAAUACCCCCAAGUCAUCUGCGGGCACAAAACAUUCCGCCGUCCGCUGAUUCGACACGACGAGACGGUGGGGGACAAAAGGCGGCGAUUCACACAACAAAUUCGGCAUUUAUCCAGUUCGAAAAAUGUUACGUUUUUUUUCGGAAUACUUCUCAAUUUUACCCGGAGUCGUAUAAGGGUGAAAACUCGGCGAGAGAGACGGGGGGAGGGGGGGGAGACGGAAAGGGAGAAAACAAAGAUGGCUGUGUGAGCCUGAGAGACGAGCCAACAACAACAACAAGCGUCCGCCGACCGGGACAGUCUUCUCGGGCAGCCGGAGCGGACACGCCGGACUUGGGACAGGCGAAACGAGCCGAGCUGUCGGGAGGGUGAGAGUCCCCCUCCCCCCAAAACAGCUGAGUUGUUUUUGUUCUGGCUGCCCACCCCGCCGCGCUCAGGGCUCGGUGUCAACUAGCUAGCCGCACCGUAAGUCCUCCACCACGGGUGACAUUUUGUCUUCACCUCGGUUGUGACUUCCGGAAAAGCUUUAAAAUUAGCCCUACAGAUAAGUCUGUUAACAGUCUUGUUUGGCGUUAGCACAGGUGUUAGCCGACUAGCGAGCUAGCUGUCAGUUAGCCUCGAAGCUAAGCCACCGCACAAGAUCAAAUAAGUGAAUUUCUGGGGGGUUACGUAGAAAGUUCUAGAGGGAUUUGGCCAUGGAAGACGGCGACGUGAUGUCCGCCCCCGGCGGCUCCUCCGCGGCCGUCGUGGCGGGGGUGGCCGAGGCAGUGGCCGUGGCCGGGGCAGGGGCCGGGCUCGUCGGGCAGGAGGAGUCCGGGACGCGGCCCGAGGCGGACUCGGACGAACCGCCCAAGAAGAAGACCAAAAUACCCGAGGGGGAGUCCGGCAAGCUGGAGGAGAGACUGUACUCUGUGCUGUGCUGCACCGUGUGCCUAGACUUGCCCAAGGCGUCUGUGUACCAGUGUACCAACGGGCACCUGAUGUGCGCGGGCUGCUUCAUUCACCUGCUGGCCGACUCUCGCCUCAAGGAGGAGCAGGCCACGUGUCCCAACUGCAGGUGCGAGAUCAGCAAGAACCUGUGCUGCAGGAACCUGGCGGUGGAGAAGGCGGUCAGCGAGCUGCCCACAGAGUGCACCUUCUGCCUUAAACAGUUCCCCAGGUCCAGCCUGGAGAGACACCAGAAGGACGAGUGCCAGGACAGGGUGACGGUGUGCAAGUACAAGCGCAUCGGGUGCCCGUGGCAGGGCCCCUUCCACGAGAUGCCCGCCCACGAGGGCGAGUGCUCGCACCCCACCAAGACGGGCACGGAGCUGAUGGGCAUCCUGGGCGAGAUGGACCAGAGCCACCGCAGAGACAUGCAGCUCUACAACAGCAUCUUCGGCCUCUUGUGCUACGAGAAGAUCGGCUUCACCGAGGUGCAGUUCCGGCCGUACCGCACGGACGACUUCAUCACGCGGCUGUACUACGAGACGCCGCGCUUCACCGUGCUCAACCAGACGUGGGUGCUGAAGGCGCGCGUCAACGACUCGGAGCGCAACCCCAACUUGUCGUGCAAGCGCACGCUCUCCUUCCAGCUCAUCCUCAAGAGCAAGGUGAACUCUGCGCUGGAGUGCUCGUUCCUGCUGCUGAAGGGCCCGUACGACGACGUGCGCAUCAAGCCCGUCAUCCAUCACUACGCCUUCAGCAACGACGACAACGAGACGGACUACGUGCUGCUGCCCAUCUGCGACUCUGUCGAGUGCAACAAACUGCUGGCCGCCAAAAACAUCAACCUGCGCCUCUUCAUCUUCCAGGUCCAAAAGUAAAAACACACAAAAUCCCCAGACCACCACCACCACCACAAUGACGACUAGGACGAGCGACCGACAACAAGACAACGAUAGACGCCACUCAACCACUGAUACCUCUUAACACGCACACACGCACACACACAUAAACACACACCCUACUAAUCCACUUACCUCCUUUUCCACCACAAGCGAGAAGACCCCCUUAGGAAACGAGAUUGAUUUUGGGGUUAGUGGCCCCGAGGUGGUCGGUGUGUAGCAGUCGGACCCCCGCACACCCAAGGGCCCAAAGUAGCACACGCACACACAUUGACCACAACAAGUGUGUGCGCGUGUGCGUGUGUGCGUGUCACCCCACCCCCACGACUCCCCAUUUGAUUUAUAUUUAACCAUUCUUUCUAACAGUUAAUAUAUUUAACAACAUAUUUGAGUUGCUUUUAAGGCCCCUCGUAUUUCGUGUGUGUUUGUGUGAAGUUAACCUGAUCAACAAAACCCCUUUUUUUCCCACCAUACGUCACGUUUAAAUACUCGUAAAAAUAGCAGUGUAAAAUAAAACAAUAUUUUCAAAAAAAUCCAAGAAAGGUAGCAUCCUCACCUGUUCAAACGCUUCCGUUUCACCCGCAUAUCUCGUGACUUGUCAUUUCAAAUUAUUACUAUUAUUUAUUUUUUUACAAAUUCUUUAGUGCAUUUGCGGGGAAAAAAAACGUUAAAUGUGUUUAAUGAAAACAAUUAAAACACAUCUCAAAUAAAUUAAACUUCAAAUAAUAGUAGCUAAUUAAAAUAUUUUUAAAAGUACAUUGAUUCCAUUUUUUAGGGGUAAAGGGAUGUUUAAAAAAAAAAUGUCUCGAAGAAAGAAUCAUUCUCACCUGUUUUAAUGUAUAAAACUUUGAUGGAGUCCAUUUUUUUCCCGCCACCCCUGUCAAAUUGAAAUGAUCUUAAAAAGAGUAGCGCAUUCAUAUUUCGUUUCCCUAAAUAUAGUGCAUUUUCUACAUUUUUUUAUUUUGAUUUUUGGGGGGGAUUGUUUAAAGUAACGAUGAACGCACCAAAUGCCUUGAUCGUCACCACCCUCCCCGGUGGUCCUUUUCCCCUGCCAAAAUUGUAAAUCUUCCAACAAAUAAAUACAUAAAUAAAUAAAAUAAAAAGUCAAUAUGAUUUUUAGAAUAUUAGUUUUUUACAUUUUAUGUGGCUAAAAUGAGUUCUCACCUCUGUCGAAAGCUUUGAGGCGCUCUUUUAUUCCUGACACACUCAUCAAAUUUAAGUGCUUCGAAAUAGAGUUGCAUAUGAACAUGUUUUAAAAAAAAAUAUUUAGUGUACUUUUUUUUUUUUUUUUUGGCUUAAAUUAUUUUUCUAAAACAUUAUCAAAGCGUGACAGGCAGUCUCAAAACUUAAAGCAAGUCACACAUUUUGUUCUCGCCACCGUAAUUUGUUCCUCAAAAUACUGUAUUUCCAGUUAAUUUCAAAAACAAAUGACGACAUUUUGUCUGAGUAAAAUGACAUUUUUUUCCCCUCCCCAAGUGCAACAGGUAUUCUUACCUUUGUUGCACUCAUUUCCCCUGUCAACCCUGUCAAAUGAUAUCUUCAAAAAAUAAUUGCACAUCUGGAUUUAAAAAUAUGAAUAUAAAAAAUUAUUACUGAAGCAUAGCAGAUGUAAAAGCUAUGAGGUAGUCCAUUUUUUUGUGCCGCCAAUUUUUUAAUGCUUUUAAAAAAAAAAAUUUACAAAAAAAGUGUCAUCUUAACACAUUUUCAAUUUUGUUUAGUGAAUUUGCUCUAUUUUUAUGGGUGGUGUGCGCGUUUCAAAAUAUAUUAAAAAGGUCGCAUUCUCGUGUGUUCCAAAACUUCACUUUUACUUGCCACCAAUUUUCCAUACCAAUGUAGUAGAUGUUUUUUUUUUUUUUUUUAAUUAUUAUUAUUUAGUGCAUUUGUCAAAACAAAACAAAAAUCUGGGGGGGGGGUAACAGUGCAUUUAGAGUUUUUGAACGCAAGUGAGGAUGCUGCCUUUUUGAAAUAGUUAUUAUUUACCCUUAUUUUUUUUCACCACCAAUUUCAAAUAGAAAUGUUCCUAAAAAUAGUGCUGUGUCAACAUGUUAAAUCAUUUGUUCAUUUUUCUGUUGGAGUUAAAGUGCGGUUUAAAAAAAAAAAAAAAAAAAAAGUCCCCCAUUCAUAGUUUAUUCUCCUAUCUGAUUCGUGACCUCUUUAGUGUAACAAGGAGGCGUAUGCGUGCGUGCGUGUGUGCGUGCGUGCAAGGGUGGGGUCUUGCGGGGGUCCGCCACCCGGAGGACUUUGGACUUACUUGAAGGAGCAGAUGUUACGUGAAUAGAAUCUACUGUCAAGCAGAUAGAAGACGUCGCUCCUCCCGACCUCUGCUGUAUUUUUGGGGCGUGUUCAAGAAGGCAAAAAAAACAAACAGAAGAAGUUUCGUCUCUGCCGGUGGACUCUCUCAUCUCACUAUGGCUGUACAUGUGCCUUUUAUUAUUAUUAUUAUUAUUAUUAUUAUUAUUAAAGUUCAUCAACCUGCA